CUUAUAUUGAAAAUAUAAAUACGGUCGUAAUUAUGUAUAUUAAAAAAUUAUAGCAAGUUGAAGUGUUUUCAUUAAAUAUUACAGACGUCAGAUUAAAGUGUACUUAUAUAAAUAUCUUAGGGGGACACUUUUUUUUAAAUCAUAGCAGUACACACAUAGUUUAUUAUGCAGUUGUUUAAGUGUAUGUGCUAUAUACUAUCGUCUGUCAGUUUAGCUGCAGCGGUCAGUAAUAAAUCCUUCCCAGCGUCAUUUAAAUUUGGGACUGCCACAGCAUCGUAUCAAAUUGAAGGGGCAUGGAAUGAAGAUGGGAAAGGCGAGAACAUAUGGGACCGUUUAACCCACACCAACCCCACAGCUGUUAAAAACAGUGAUAACGGUGACAUAGCUUGUGAUUCCUAUCACAAAUACCGAGAGGAUGUGAGACUUUUAAAAGAUUUGGGGGUUAAAGCGUAUAGGUUUUCCAUAUCCUGGCCCAGAAUUCUACCCACUGGGUUCACCAAUAAAGUCAACAAGGCUGGAAUACAGUACUACAAAAACCUCAUCAAAGAGCUGCAGGACAAUGGCAUCGAACCCAUGGCUACCCUGUACCAUUGGGACCUCCCCCAACCCCUCCAAGACAUCGGGGGUUGGCCCAACGAUAUCCUGGCAGAUCAUUUCGGUAACUAUGCGAGAAUCUGCUUUGAAGCUUUCGGGGAUUCAGUCAAAACCUGGUUCACCAUCAACGAACCCCAUCAGAUAUGUCAACUGGGCUACGGGAGUGCUAACAUGGCCCCCCUGAUUAACUCAUCGGGCGUGGCCGACUACCUAUGUGCCUAUACAGUUAUAAAGGCCCAUGCUAAAGCCUGGCACAUUUACGAUGACGAAUUCAGGGGCAAGCAAGGGGGCAGGAUUUCGAUUUUUGGAUUGUAUGCGAAUGCCAUAUUCCUCGGCAAUUGGCCUCAGGUCGUGAUAGACAGGGUGGAAUACAGAAGUAAAAAAGAAGGUUACGCCAAGUCAAGACUACCCAAGUUUACGGAGGAAGAAGUGGAGUACAUCAAGGGUACCUACGAUUUCGUGGGCUACAACACGUACACGACCUCAAUGGUCAGAAAAAUCCAAGAGCCCAGUUUUAAUGAAACCGGCUUUGAGCAGGAUACGGGGUCCUUAACCUAUAAAGACCCCACUUGGGAAACCACCAGUUCUGAUUGGAUAAAUAUUGUUCCAUGGGGCACAAGAAAGUUUUUGAGUUGGCUUAAAAAUACCUACAAUAACCCUGAAAUUAUCAUCACAGAAAACGGACUUUCAGAUGACAGUUUGGAAGAUGACGUCAGAAUUCAUUAUUAUACUGAAUAUUUGAGCGCCAUUUUGGAAGCCAUACACACAGAUAAAGUGAAUGUUUCUGGCUAUAUUGCUUGGAGUUUACUAGAUAACUACGAAUGGUUAUUUGGCUAUACUUUAACUGCAGCUGUCAGUAAUAAAUCCUUCCCAGCGUCAUUUAAAUUUGGGACUGCCACAGCAUCGUAUCAAAUUGAAGGGGCAUGGAAUGAAGAUGGGAAAGGCGAGAACAUAUGGGAUCGUUUAACCCACACCAACCCCACAGCUGUUAAAAACAGUGAUAACGGUGACAUAGCUUGUGAUUCCUAUCACAAAUACCGGGACGAUGUGAGACUUUUGAAGGAUUUGGGGGUUAAAGCGUAUAGGUUUUCCAUAUCCUGGUCCAGAAUCCUGCCCACUGGGUUCACCAAUAAAGUCAACAAGGCUGGGAUACAGUACUACAAAAACCUCAUCAAAGAGCUGCUAGACAAUGGCAUCGAACCCAUGGCCACCCUGUACCAUUGGGACCUCCCGCAGCCCCUUCAAGACAUCGGGGGUUGGCCCAACGAUAUCCUGGCAGAUCACUUCGCAAACUACGCGAGAAUAUGCUUUGAAGCUUUCGGGGAUUCGGUCAAAACCUGGUUCACUUUCAACGAAGCCAAGCAGACUUGCCAACAGGGCUACGGGACUGCCACCAUGGCCCCCCUGAUCAAGUCACCGGGCGUGGCCGACUACCUAUGUACCUAUACAGUUCUGAAGGCCCAUGCCAAAGCCUGGCACAUUUACGAUGACGAAUUUAGGGGCAAGCAAGGGGGCAGGAUUUCGAUUGUUAUAGAUAGCGACUGGUUUGAGCCUGCUACGGACAAGAAAAGUGAUUUGGAGGCGGCUGAGACGAGAAGGCAGUUCUCUGUUGUGAUAGACAGGGUGGACUACAGAAGUAAAAGAGAAGGUUACGCCAAGUCAAGGCUGCCCAAGUUCACGGAAGAAGAAGUGGAGUACAUCAAGGGUACCCACGAUUUCCUGGGUUUCAACACCUACACGACCUCAUUGGUCAGCAAAAUCAAGGAGCCCAGUUUCAAUGAAACUGGCUAUAUUGUUCCAUGGGGCACAAGAAAGUUUUUGAGUUGGCUUAAAAAUACUUACAACAACCCUGAAAUUAUCAUCACAGAAAACGGAGUUUCAGAUGAUGGCCGUUUAGAUGAUGACGUCAGAAUUCAUUAUUAUACUGAAUAUUUGAGUGCCAUAUUGGAAGCUAUACACACAGAUAAAGUGAAUGUUUCUGGCUAUUUGGCUUGGAGUUUACUAGAUAACUUUGAAUGGUUAGCUGGUUAUACAGAGAAAUUCGGUCUUUACCACGUAGAUUUUUCGAGUCCAAACAGGACAAGAACAGCCAAAAAAUCUGUCGGCUUUUUCAAAAAAAUCGUUGCUUCACAUUGUCUUGUUGAGAAGUGUGUUACAUAGAAAAACUAUCGUAAUAAGUAUUAUUAGGUUAAUUAUUAAUUGUAAAAAACUGUAAAUAAUUUUUUUUUAUAAAU